AUGCCGCGUUGGUCGGACACGAAGCGCAAGCGCGCGUCCUCGUCCUCGUCGCAAAGCCGUCGUGCUGCUGCCCCCCACGCGUCGUCUCCUGCCCCGUCUCCUCGCCAUGGGCCGCACUGCAAGCGCCGCACGCAGCACUGGGUCCGUCUGCUGCUCCGCGAGCUCUACGAUCUCAACUACAGAGACGCGGCCGCGGCGCUGGAGCGCGAAGCGGGCGUCGAACUCCGCUCUCGACCAAUGAAAACGCUGCAAGAGCUCGUGACGCGCCAUGAGUGGGACCACGCCGUGCAGCUGGUGACAAAACAGGGUGGACGGGGAACCCUCAAAGUGACAAAAGACGGUACAGAAGCAGCAAGCGACGCGACAAGCGACGAGGAAGAGACGCUGGACAUGAAGUCGCCCGUGGCGGCGCGCGCGGCAGCGUUGCUGCUACUUCAGAGGAAAUUCAUCGACCAGUUGCUGGACAAACAGCUGACAUUGGCGCUCUGCACGUUUCAAGACGAGAUUUUGCCCGUGUACGCGCCGAACGAGGCUGAAGUAACGCAACUGGCGGAACUGCUGCUCUGUAAGGACGCUGAUGAGAUGCAGCAAAAGGUCGCGAUUCGUUGGCAGGACGAAGAGCUCCAGCAGCAGCUCGAGGAGCUCGUGAGUGCCGAAGAAAUGGUUCCAGAAGGAGCGCUACGUAAACUGGUGCAAGACGGACGCGAGACGGAUCAGAACGAGUCACUGGUGACGCGCAGUGGACGUGUCGCUGGAGCAGAUGUGGCACUGUUCGAAAGUAGCAGCAAGGCUGACGUGUGGGAGCUGGCGUUCUCACCCGACGGAGACGUCUUGGCAGCCGCGUCGAGUGACGGGUCGAUCGUGCUGUGGCAGAUCAAGUGGAGUGAUGGCGUGGCGAGCUGUAGCGAAACAACGCCGACGUGUGUGGGCGAAACUCUCCACGUGCUGCAAAGCCUCGACGGCUCGGCGGACUGUCUAGCCUGGUCUCCAGAUAGCAGAUAUCUGCUCUCUAGUGGGAGCCGCUCGUGGACCAUUCAACUAUGGAAUCGGCAGAGCGGAUUGUGCGAGAAGCGCUUUCAGCAUCCCGGAAAAGUCGUCACUAAGAUACACUGGUUGCCCUGUGCAGACCAGUUUGUAAGUGGAAGUGCAGACAAGUCUCUUCUUUUAUGGGACGCAAACGAAGGCUCGAUAGUGUACAAGUGGAGUGGUCAGAGGGUGCUGGAUAUCGUCGUGCACCCACACGAGACCAAAGUGUUUGUGUUGACAUCAGGAAACGAGAUUCGCGUGUACGACAUUGCGUGCAAAUCGGACGAGCUGUUCCUCCGAGUGGAACCCCUGAUCUCUUGCAUCAGCAUCUCCCCGUCUGGAACGUUUCUGCUUGUGAACUUUGUCAAGCAAGAGAGAAUUGUGUGCGUGGAGAUAGCAAGCGGAUCGAUCAUCGCCAAGUACCGUGGAAUUCGUGAGCAGCGAUACGUGCUUCGUCCGUGCUUUUGUGGGGUCGACGACGAGCUUGUCGCGUCUGGAAGCGAAGACGGCAUCGUCUACUUGUGGCAACGAGACAACGGCAAGCAAGUGGGCGAGUUGGACGGGCACUCGAGCGUCGUAAAUGUCGUCGUGCGCCAUCCCAUCCGUUCCAACGUGAUUGCCAGCGCAAGCGACGACAAAACUGUGCGUUUAUGGUCCCUUAAGGCGCUGGAGUAG